AUGGCGCUCUCUCGUCGCAUGGCUGCGUCCGCCCUCCUGCUGCUGGUCCUCCUCGUCGCCACAGAGAUGGGGGCGACGACGGUCAAGCUGGCUGAGGCGCGGGACUGCCUGUCCCAGAGCCACAAGUUCAAGGGCGCCUGCCUCAGCAGCAGCAACUGCGCCGCCGUCUGCCGCGCCGAGAACUUCCCCGACGGGGAGUGCCACACGCACAACUUCGCCCGCAAGUGCUUCUGCAAGAGGGCCUGCUAG